GCUACCCUCACCUGCCUCCAGCUCCUCCUGCUCCUCACCGCCGUGGAUUCCCGGCCCCUCACGUGGGACCAGGACAGGUUCCAGCUGGAAGCCGUCAAAAAGGGGAUCCUGGAGCGGCUGGGAAUGCCGGCUCCCCCCGUCAUCCGGCACCAGCUGGACCAGGAGAGCAUCCGGAGAGCGCAGCAGCUCUACCAGCAGAAAGUGGCGGAGCUGGCAGCGAACAGGAGCCGGGAAGAGGAGGAGGAAUCCGUGUCCAGGACCCGGCGUUUGCACCGCCUGACCCCCACCCUGCUGCGCUGGCCGGACAUCCCGCAGGGACACCGGGACCCAGAGGGACACCGGGACCCAGAGGGACACCAGGACGCCCGUGGUCCCUACCGCUACCGCCUCCUGCUCUCCCGCACCGAGGAAUUCCAGCGGCAGCUCCGGGUGGUUCAGGCGGAGCUGAAGCUCUUCAAGCGGUCGCUGGAAGUGCCCCCCCGGGUCACCAUCUACGCUCUGCAGGGGGAUGAAGAGACCCCCCAGCUCCUGCAGAGCCAAGAGCUGGACCCCGAUUCCCAGAGCCUGGAUGUGACAGCAGCCAUCCAGCCCUGGGUGGAGGGUCCCGAGGCCACCCUGAGCCUGGAGCUGGAUUUCACAGCCGACGUCUCAGCCGCCCUGGACACCUCGGAGGGGGAAACGCUGGUGCUGGAGGUGCAAACCCAGGAGAAGGUGGCUCGGCGGGCCAGGAGAGCCCGGGGGCUGGAGGAGGAGUGCGGGAAGAGCGACGGGAAGUGCUGCCUGAAGUCGCUGAAGGUCUCCUUCCAGGACAUCGGCUGGUCCGACUGGGUCAUCGCCCCCCACAGCUACUACAUGAGGUUCUGCGAGGGCUCCUGCCCCCACAACUACAAGCCGGCCAACAUGCACGCCCAGAUCAAAUCCCGAGUGCACUCCCUGUCCAGGGCCGCCCCCCCGCCCUGCUGUGUCCCUGCUGGGUACGACCCCAUGGUGCUGAUGCACUAUGACGGCGAGGGCAGGCUGGUCUCCAGCGUCUUCGAGGACAUGCUGGUCACCGGCUGCCACUGCGCCUGAUGGCAUCGCCGGUGGCUCCAACCGGGAGGUGUCACUGCCCUGGGUGAAGCUUCCUGGCAGCUCCAGCACCCCAAAAUUCAGACUCUGUGGCGUUAAGUGCCUCCAAGCCAGCCCCUACUCCCCCCAUCUUGCUCAGCCCCAAGAAUCUCCAGCUUCAGCAUUCCAAAAUCCAGACCCUCUGGCACCAAAUGCCUUCACAUCAGACCCAUCUCCAGUGUCCAGAUUAGCCCCAGAUUCUCCAGCUCCACUCCUGGGGUCUUCAGCUCCACAGUCCAACUCAGCCCUGGGCUCUCCAGUUCUGGAUUCCUCUCCACAAUAACAUAUUCCCUACUCUCUUCUCUUAUUUAAAUCUGUAUUUUAUUUAUUAAAUCCAUAUUUUACUUGAUCUUCCCACCUGAGAUACCCCAAAGGGGCUGGGGUGGGUGUGUCCCCUGGGUGUCCACAUCCCAGUCCAUCCCUCCUUCUCUGCUCUUAUUUAUUUAUAGAAUAAUAGAGUAAGACCUUUUUUUAUGGAACCCCCUUAUUUAUUUCUAACUUAUUGUAUUUUAUAGCAAAAGAACUUUUUUUUUUGGGGUGGGGAACGAGGGGUUUUUUGUGUAUUUGUAUUUUAUGUAUAUAGGAAGGAUAUAAUGAUGUAAAUUAAUAAAGUG